GUGAUGAUGGGUAACUUGUUUAAAAAAAUCUCUCAGUCUUUCUUCUGCCAUCACGCUGCCUGUUGGAUUCCUACGAUCAGCUUGUGCUACAGAAGGUGAAGAAACCCUCCACAGAUAACGAACAUCUAUAGAAGUAAGACAUGAGAGACAGAUUGGGGAACCUACAUCAGGUGCAGACUGACUCUGAGGGUUUCAGCACUGUGGAGUUGGACAACCUGUCAGAGCAUGAAGCAGCAGCAGCAGCAGCAGCAGCAGCAUCCCAUUCGGACCAGGACCUGGAUGCUGUUCUACGGGAGGCCCAGCAGAUACGUCUGGAGAUCCAGCAGAUCCAGAACGACAUCAGUGAGCUGAAAGAUGUGAACUACCAGGCCUUGAACAAGACCACAGAUGCCAUUGCCACAAAGCGGGACUCCAGUGCAAUCGGGACAGACAUUAAAAGCAGGGGAGAAGGUGUGCUGCAUCAGCUGCACAUGCUGAACGCUCUCAGAAGGGAACUGGAGGUCCAGCGCGGCAGCUCUGACCCCACAGCACGAAUAGCUCGAACACAGUACCAGAGUCUGAGCAAUGCUCUGCAGGAGGUGAUGUUCAGCUACAAUGACACAGAGAUGAGCCACAGGGAGGCUUGUAAACGUCAGAUCCAGAGGCAGUUGGAGGUGGUGGGCAGGGAGGUCAGCGAGGAGGAGCUGGAGGAGAUGAUUGAAGGCGAGGAGCUGAACGUGUUCAGCGUCCAGGUGGAGGGCAAAACUGCCCGCUCUGCUUUCCUGGAGAUCAAGAGUCGCCACAAGGAGCUGCUGGAGCUGGAGGAGAGGAUCAAGGAUAUCCAGGAGCUGUUCCUGGAUGUGGCUUUGGUCAUAGAGGAGCAGGGGGUCGCUGUCGAAAACAUCCAGAAAAACGUCCAAAAUACUGAAGCAACCCUUGAGGAUGGAAUGUUCCAGCUGGAGAAGGCCGUCACAUCGGAUAAAAACAACCCCUUCAAGAAGAUGUUUUGUGGCUGUUUCCCAUGUUAUAACAAAUAAGUCUGAUGAGGGGGCCUCUGGGUCUGGGUCAGGUCCGCUGGUCCAUGUGGUAGAAACUGCACUACAAAACAAAUGAACAACCCUUUAAGACACUGUCUGGAGCUGUCAGUCGUUGUAACAUACUGUGAGACUGCAGCUGAACUGCACUGGCUUCCUGGGUGAGGAGAAACACUACAGCUGUUGGUUCAGACACAGUGAGCACAGUCGAUGGAUCAGUUUGACAAAUUGAUGCACGGUUUAAACGCUGAUGCUGAAGAGGGGAAGUCAUAUUGGUUUGACCUGAAUAAAAAGAGCACAAAAAUGCAUUCAUGUGAGUUAUUGACAGACAACAAGAAAUCAAUAUACAUGGCUUAACUCAGUAAGAUUUGUCAAACUAAUGAUUAGCAUAAUUAGCAAAACAGACACAUCAGCAAAUGGAUUUAUACAGUUUAAUAGGGAAUGAAUUUUGAUCAUAUAGAUUUUGUCACAUGUUUGGUUACUGGGCAAACUCCAGCUGCUGAUGAAGAUCAAGUUGCGUAUGGUCGAAAGCCAGGAGUGGAAAACAGUCUGACAGUCUGGUAUUGCUAGCCCCCUUUUCUUUCAGUAAAGGCUAUGAACACUUCAUUCACCCCUGUAUAUAAAGCUCUGUCUUUACCAACUACUACAAUAAUAACUCCACUCAGUUGUGUAACCCUUGACACUUAAAGCACAUUUUGAUGAAGUUACUUAUGCACCUUGUGCAACACUGUGACUACAGCAGUUUUACUUGUGAUGGAGUAUUUUUACUAUGUGGUUGGCCUCUUUCUCCUUUUACUAAGUAGAUCAUCUAAAUAUAUUUCCCCCAUCACUGUUGAAAGCAUUAAAGUUCUUUCAUAACUUCUG